UCUGCUGCGAUGGAGUCAGUUCUGUCAAAGCCUCGGUUCCACCUGGAUCUCUGGCUGAGCUUCACCGUCCAGAACUGGAUCCUGGAUGUGGGCCGGCCUGUUGUCAUGCUCGUCUUCCCAGCAGACUGGUUUCCUCUGAACCGUCCCGGUGCUGCAGAAUACCUCCACCUACUGUACAACAUCACCACACCGCUCAUCCUGCUCAAAAUGCUUGAACGCAGCCCCAGGACACUGCCCCGCCAUGUCGUCCACCUCGGCAUCAUCGCCGUCAUCAUGGGAACCAGCCUCCACCUGGCGGCCGACUCCAUCAUCAGACGGCUGCUGCUGAUUGGCUACGAGCUGCAUCUGUCAGUCAGAGAGAAUCCAGUCAUGAAGAACCUGGAACCCUCCUCCCUGAUCGACUCUUUUGAGCUUCUGUUUUACUUCGACGACACUCUUGGUCAUCUGAUGUGGUAUGUUCCUCUCUUCCUCGUCCUCUUCCUCUUCUUCAGUGGUGGUUUUAGUCACAGGAAACAUCAGGAGAAGAUGCCGGCAGCAGCGUGGAUGCUGCUUAUACCCAGCGCUGCCUACUACUGGUACCUGAUCACUGAGGGACAGACCUUCAUCCUCUUCAUCUUCACCUUUUUCGCCAUGACCGCCACAGUGAUGCACCAGAGGAGGCGCGGCAUGGUUCCCGACGGCAACGGCCUCUUCGUGCUCUACAGUUUCUCUGCAGCUCUGUGUCUGGUGGCGGUCUGGGUGGCCUGUCUGUGGAACGACAGCGUCCUGAGGAAGAAGUACCCCGGGCUGAUCUACGUCCCGCAGCCUCGUGCCGUGUUCACACUCCACCUCGGUCAGAAAAGCCCGGCAUAACAGAAUUUCAAAAGACAAGUUUGAAAGACAAAAAGCCAUCACUUUAACAGAAAGAUGAAGAAGCCAAAGUUGCAUAGUCCAUGUCAGGAAAGGGCUUAAUAAACCUUUUAUCACUCAAA